AUGAGUUCCGACGACGUCGCCAUCAAUGGAUGGACUGCUGUCCCAGUUGACGAGGGGAAAAUCUUCGAAAAAGGGCCCUACAUCAAUGAGCCUGAUUACAUUGAUGUUAAAAGCAUUCAGUUCCCGACCGAUGAUCCGAUUGUCAAGGAAACUCAACAACAUGCCAAAGAUAAACUGUUGAAGCAGACUUACAACCACUCCAUGAGAGUCUACUACUGGUCGACCGUCAUUCUCCGACAGCAAUUCCCUGAGCAGGCUGAUACCCUCUCCCCUUCAACCCUCGCCCUAGCAUGUCUUCUUCACGACAUCGGCACCACCGAUGAGAACAUGUCCUCAACCCGUCUCUCAUUCGAGUUCCAAGGUGGCUUCCAAGCUCUCAACCUCCUCCAAGACAUCGGCUCUUCAAAAGACCAAGCCGAAGCUGUCUGUGAAACCAUCAUCCGUCAUCAAGACCUCGGAACUCAAGGAAACAUCACUUUUCUUGGACAGCUCAUUCAAUUAGCUACUAUCUACGAUAAUGUUGGUGAGCAUCCGAAUGUCAAGGACUUUGGAAAGAUUAUCCACGAUAAAACGCGUGAAGAAGUCAACAAGGCUUUUCCUCGUGAGGGAUGGUUGGGAUGUUUUGCGGCUACGAUUAGGAAGGAAGAGGGAUUGAAGCCAUGGUGCCAUACUACUCACAUUCCCAAGUUUGCGGAGCAAGUUGAGGGGAAUCAGCUGCAGAAGCCAUACGAGUGA